AACACACCUACGAGAGACACACAUAUAGAGAGAGAAACAAACAUAAGGUCGUCGCCGGAAUCUGACCCACCGUAUAAAUCUGCUGCUAUUACAUCAAUUCACCGGCGAAAUCUGAAACGCCGGAAAAUCUGGGUGAAGUUGUUCGCGUGAUGGGAUUCUGCAUCUGUCCGUUGGAGACUCCGGCGAGGUUACUAUGGAGUACUAGCUUCUUCCGUCACAAGCUCAUGCUCUUCUAAAACUUAAUCAGACCAAAGUUCUAAUAGACCUACAGUUUUCAAACUCUGUUCUAAAGUUUCGUUUCGCCGGAAAUAUAUAUAUAUAUAUAUAUAUAUAUAGCGGUUAUAUAUUUACGGUGACAAUCGCCGGAAAUCUCACACACUCACAAAAUAUAUAAGAAUGGAUUCUGGGCGUCUCUUCUUCGACCCCUCAUGCCAUGGCAACAUCAUGUUCCUCGGCAAUACUGAUCCUAUUUUUCGAGGACCAUUAUCAGUGAUGAACAUGGAGGAAACUUCAAAGAGGCGACUAUUUUUCAGCUCGCCGGAGGAGCUAUACGACGAUGAAUUUUACGAUGAAAGGUCGCCUGAAAAGAAACGUCGACUCACUCCAGAUCAGGUACAUCUCCUGGAGAAGAGCUUCGAGGCAGAGAACAAACUGGAGCCAGAGCGCAAGAGCCAGCUGGCUAAGAAACUGGGAUUGCAGCCGAGACAGGUGGCGGUGUGGUUCCAGAACCGCCGCGCACGGUGGAAGACUAAACAGCUUGAAAGGGACUAUGAUCAUCUUAAAUCCUCCUAUGAGUCCCUUUUGUCAGAGUAUGACUCCAUUCUCAAGGACAACGAGAAGCUCAAAGCUGAGGUUGUAUCAAUGACUGAGAAGCUGCAAGCUAAAGACAAUGUGGAUGCAGCUCCGGUGUCAGAUCCAAAAUCUGACCCACUCCCCGUGGAAGAGCCCCAUGUUUCUGCCCUCGAAUUCACUGUGAAGGUGGAGGACCGCCUGAGUAGCGGCAGCGGUGAAAGUGCGGUGGUGGACGAGGACGGUCCACAGCUUGUAGACAGUGGUGAAUCGUGCUUCCUCGAUGAGGAUCAUCGCUACCCCGGUUGUGUGGCCCCAUCAGAAGAGGACGAUGGUAGCGACAACGGCCAGGCUUACUUCUCCGACGUGUUCGUGGCGGCGGAGCAACACCAUGAGGAGGGAGAGCCGCUGGGCUGGUGGGUCUGGUCUUAAAUUAGUGUUCAACUUUGGUGCAGUACUGUUUUAUAUUUCCGUGAAUGUGUAAUAUUAUAUGAUGCCUAUGGUUGCCUAGUUGUAGAAGUAACGGACAAUGCCAGUCGUUGAAUAAAACUGUGUUUUUAGGGUCAAUUGCUUCUUGUGUUGUAUUUAAUUACUAUUUCUUCUAUGUGGUUUAGAAGUAAAUUGACCCAUUCAUACCUUUA